CAAUGCUCGGAGAGAAAAUAAAAACAUAGGAACACGCCUUUAAAUGCCUCUCUUAUAACCCUAAGCCUUCACUCUUCGCCCUACGCUCACUCUCUCCGUCGCGUCUCUCCGUCCGCCGUCGGCUCCGCUGUGCUUCAGAUGUCAAUCGCUCCACACAAGAGAGUCCGUUAUUACCCAUUCUAUUUUGUGUUUAUGAGUCGAGGCAGACUGUGGUUCUCUCAAAAUAAUCAUUUUAGGGACUGGACUUGACCUAAUCGGUAUUCCCCUCUUUUUUUUCUUUGAUUUUAUUUUUUUGAUUUAUCGCACUUUCUUCAUUUAUUGCUCAGAUUAUUACAAUUUAGGCAUACCCAUUUGAGAUUAUUGAUUACCCAUUUGAGAUUAUUCAUUACUCGUGAAGAAUUUUCAAUAAAGUUUCGAGCUUUGUGUUAAAAAUGGUGAAGUUAUCGCCCGGGUUUCGGUUUCAUCCGACUGAUGUUGAGUUAGUUAAGUAUUACUUGAAAAGGAAAGUGCUUGGGAAGAAAUUUCAUGUGAAAGCAAUUGCUGAGGUUGAUAUUUAUAGAUUUGAUCCCUGGGAUUUGCCUAGUAAGUCUUUGUUGAGGAGUGGUGAUCUUAAAUGGUAUUUCUUUUGCCCUAGGGAGAAGAAGUAUAUUAACGGGUCUAGAGCGAAACGCGCUACUGAAUUUGGUUACUGGAAAACGACGGGGAAAGAUAGAGCUGUUAAGUAUAAUGAUCAGGUUGUGGGUAGUAUUAAAACUUUGGUUUUUCAUCAAGGGAAAGCGCCGAAAGGCGAUAGGACUGAUUGGGUUAUGUAUGAGUAUAAGCUUGAUGAGAAGGAGUUGGCGGAGAGAGGUGUUGCUCAGGAUUCUUAUGUGUUGUGUUCGAUUUUCAAGAAGGAUGGUCCUGGUCCGAAAAAUGGUGCUCAGUAUGGUGCGCCGUUUAGGGAAGAGGAUUGGGAUGAGGAUGAUGACGACGGAGAGGAAGAUGUUGUGACUGUCGGAGAGGCUGCUGUUGCUUCUGCUAUAGAUACCACAAUAGGCGUUAAUCAUUAUAGUAACGUUGCGACGACAAGCUCACAUGUGGCUGAGACUGAGAGGGAAUCUAGCUUAUUAUGUGGGUCGGGAACGUAUGUAUCCGAGGUGAAUGCUGGUGAGGUGGAUGCUGCUGAUUAUUGUUUUGCUUCUGAAGAUCCCUUGAAUGAGGAUGAUGUUACUGCCAUGUUGGCUCAUUUUACAGAAGAGAACACUGGAAUAAAUGGGUUGGAUGGACAGGUUAUGAAUGGCUUGAAUGGGUUGGGUGGAGAGGUAGAGCAGGUUGGUAAUGCAGUGGUGGAUGGAUCUGAUAUUUAUGAUGAUUUAGGAGAUCUGGGAAGCAUGUUUGGAUUUGGUGCGCAUGAUGUCAGCUUUAGCAUGGAUAAUGGACAGUUUUUGGAGCUUAUGGAUCUUGAAGUACCACUGACUGAAACUGCUGCUGGUGGCAAUCAUGUGCGGCCUUUCUUUGGAUGGCAUGAAGAUGCUCGAGCUGAUGUUUUUGGGUAUCACCAUCCACACUGACUCAGAUUAUAAGUAUCUGCUUGAAUUUUUCCUAGACCAAUUUUUGUUAGGCUAGUACAGCCACUUAUGUAUUUCUAUUAUUGGAAUUAUUUGACUCUUAAUUGCAAGAUUGAAUAUUUUAUUCA